ACGGAGAGAUAACUGCUGAAGCUUUGUCUUUCAGGGAGGAAUGCAGAGGGAGACUGGGCUGCUUUGUUCAAAGGCUUAAAGUCACAGUGCCGCAUUUUUCCUUUUUAGCAAUCUUGAAACCUGCUGCUGCUCUGCCUGUGUCCCCUUCAGACUUCACUUAUGAUGUUCUAAUCCACUGUGAACAACAGAAUGAAUAUUUAUGCACAGCUUCGUCCAUGUUGCAUGUCACUUAUUUAAGCCUGUAUUUAAAUGCAUAAAGAACAACCAAGUUUGUCAAAGGAGUGCAUGUGUAACAAAUCUGACUUUGUCUCAAAACCCCAAUCUGUUUUAUUUUGAUGAAAACAAGUCUGAAGCUGUUUGGGUGGCUCUCAAUAGAUCAAAAGUUUGGUUCUAGGUCACACAGCCAAUAAAGUCAGGUCACGUGUCUGACUUGUGUGACAUCUUGUAUAACUACUUGGCCUGAACUGUUUUACGUCUAAUGACUUGAAGUCUAAGAUGUGGACAUCAGAAACAGAGCAUGAAUAAUGUUACACUGCCUGCUCUUUAGAGAUUACUACAUACACCUCUUGUCUUUCAGAAUGAAAAUCGCAGACAUCAAAACAUCUGAAGGCUGCAGCUGCUUCUGGAGACAAACAGGAUGCGGAUGAUUAGCGUCGUCACUUUUUGCCUGCUGGCCCUCGGGGCUUUUGCAGAGGACAAGAAGCUGAGCAGCCAUGCCACCACGCUGGCUGAUAACAGCGCCAACCUGGCCUUCAGCCUUUAUCACAACAUGGCGAAGGAGAAAGACACAGAGAACAUUGUGAUCUCUCCCUUGGUGGUGGCUUCCUCUCUGGGAAUGGUCGCCCUUGGUGGUAAGGACUCCACGGCCUCUCAGGUCAAAACCGUCCUCAGUGCUGACAAGCUGAAAGACGAGCAUCUGCACGCGGGGCUCUCUGAGCUGCUCUCCGAGGUGAGCGAUGCCAAGACCCGCAACACUACCUGGAAGAUUAACAACCGCCUGUACGGGCCCAGCUCUGUCUCCUUCGCUGAUGAGUUUGUGAAGAACAGCAAGAAGCACUACAACUACGACCACUCAAAAAUCAACUUCAGGGACAAGAGGAGCGCGGUGAACUCCAUCAACGAGUGGGCGGCCAAGUCGACGGACGGCAAGCUGCCUGAGAUCACCAAGGAUGUGCAGAAUCCAGAUGGAGCCAUGAUUGUCAACGCCAUGUUCUUCAAGCCUCACUGGGAUGAAAAGUUCCAUGACAAGAUGGUGGACAGCCGUGGUUUCCUUGUUACACGCUCAUUGACUGUUUCAGUUCCCAUGAUGCAUCGCACAGGUCUGUAUGACUUUUAUGAGGACACAAAGAACAAUCUCUUUGUGCUGGACAUGCCCCUGGGCAAGAAGCAGGCGUCCAUGAUUUUUAUCAUGCCGUACCACCUGGAGCCCCUGGAUCGCCUGGAGAAGCUCCUCACCAGGAAACAGGUGGACACCUGGAUCAGCAAGAUGGAGAACAAAGCUGUGGCUAUCUCACUGCCCAAAAUCUCUGUGGAAGUCAGCCACAAUCUGCAGAAACACCUAGCCGAGCUCGGCCUGACUGAGGCUGUGGACAAAGCCAAGGCCGACCUGUCCAAGAUCUCUGGAAAGAAGGACCUCUACCUUUCUAACAUCUUCCACGCUUCGGCCUUUGAGCUGGACAUCGAGGGAAACCCCUAUGACACCAGCGUCUUUGGCACUGAAAAGCUGAGGAACCCCAAACUGUUCUACGUCGACCACCCUUUUAUUUUCCUGGUGAAAGACAACAAGACCAACUCCAUCCUUUACAUCGGCAGAGUGGUUAGGCCAAAAGGAAACAAGAUGCGUGAUGAGCUAUGAUGUUAGCAUUGUGUUAGAUAGCUUUGUGAAAUGAUGUCUGUUAGUGUGUGUAUGUGUUCGGGUAUGACUAAUACCUCAUCACCACAUUCCAGUAAGUAAUCUGUGGGAUCAAUAUGUAAGCGUUCUGUGUUUGGACAGCUAAACCUUCUAGUUGGUAAAUUUUAAAUGGCUGUUAGCCUCCCUGAAGGUGCCUCACAUCCACAAAUAACAGCAGAGAUGCUUAUAUUAAGCAUAAUCUUUUCUUCAUACCACUGUUUCAGUCACGCAUCUCCCUAUGAUCCAUGUGCCUUUUCUUGCAAUAUCUUUAAUGUUUAAAGAAGAAAAAAAAGAUCUUUGCACAAGCUUGUUUUGCAGUUCUGCCUCAGUCUUUGACACGUUUAGCUCCAGUCUGAGCUGAACUGAAAGGUGAAAAAUAGCUGGAGCUUAAAUGUAGGUUUACUUGCCAACCACAUUGUGUCAGUUUGUUGCUGUACGUGUUUUCCACAAUGAAACUGUUGGAAUUGUGUGAAUUUGAAUAAAGUUUUUUUUUCAAUAAACUA